GUGCGCGCGUAGCUUGCGAAAACUGAGAGCUGCCGGUACAGUGUAGAAUAUACGGCGUGCUCGUUUGUCUCGUCGUCGCAUACACCCGGGUCGGGACUCGAGAAAAGUGAUGUUUCCUGCGCGUCUCCCAUCCCUACUUUCUGCUUUGCUUCUUCUCUCAUCAGCCCACGACGCAUGCACCGCAUGGACGGAUGGACGCUGAGCGAUCCCGCGGGAAUAACCGCCGCAACGACCACGAUCGUCCGGCGCUCCGUCGAGACCCGGAUGGCCCGGGUUCCACGAGGCGCCGCCUUUCUCUCGGACUCCGACGACGACGACGACGACGACGACGUCUUGCUAGACGCGACACUCGAGGACGAACCAGACAGGCACGUCACAAGCGGAUUCCGCAGCUCUCAGGGCGCGCACAUUCCUGCCAGAAAGUGCUUGCAAUGCUCUACGUCGCCAAGAGCGACCGAGGUGAACAUCACCGAGCUAGCCGAGGCUUCCGGGGAACAGAAAUCCCGCUGGUUCCUGGACGCAACCGGGGGUCGCCUCGUCGAGAUGCCGUCACUGGCAGCGACUCCCGGGACAGCCAGGCCGCACCUCAGCGACACGCCCGCAUCUCUAUGGCUGCCGGAUGCGACUCGAUAACGCCGCCGCCGCCCUGACCCGGGCCGCCACGCGCUAUCCGGGCGACUCAGGAAACGGGCGCAGAACGGGAGCCUCGGCGGAGUGCGCACUACGGCCUCCUCCGGCGAGCGGCAGCUUCUCGCCUUCCGCGACCACGACACGACACCCACCCGCUCUCUCUCUCUUCCGUCGGUAAUUAACGGCGUUGCCGGCCACCGCCGCGGCCGGACAAGAGAAAAGGGGUGAGAGUGAAGAAGGCGCUACAACUUGCUCUGCCGACACUCCUAAUUUCUCUACGCUUACUUUCUUUCUUUUUUUCUUUUUUUUUUUUCCUACCCUACCAUCGACACCCCUUUUUUUCCAGGCGAAUAGCACAAGCGCGCGACCAGUGACGCCACCGGCACGAAGCAGCGGUCGGGCUGCGGUGCCCACGCGUCCUUCUCCGGAAACGGAAGCGUCUGUCUCAACACGCAUCGACCGGAUCCAACUUCCGUUUCCACGUUUCCUUAUCAUUCGACUGUCCAGACUGCUGUUUUCCGAGGCCUGGACGGAGAACUGAUAAGGGCUUGUGGUGACAUUACUCAACGGUUUGAAGAGGAGAGAGCUGGACCGGCGAGGCGCUCCAGCAAAAUGGCACGUUCCCGCUUUCUGCCCCGCCCCCUCCCCCUUUUGUUCUUCCCUCCCCCAACUUCCUCACUAUCCUUCUCGUCCUCUCCUCCGUCGUAGUUCCCGGAGGGCGACAUUGGCCACCCUCCACUCCUCCAAUCUGCUUUCUUUGUAGAGUCAUUUAAAGCCUGUUCCCAUUGUCCACGAAACGCCCGUUGAUUACAGAGCGCCACCCCCCCCCCUCCUUUCUCCACCCCCUCUUUUGUCUCUUAUCACCACCUCGCGCGGCAGCGGCGGCUGCGUAACGCCCCAGGGCUCGGGCCAGAUUUUUCAGCCACGACCAAAUCAAUGACGCCAACGCCCGACAAAAACUUGAGAGCGUCGAUUAAACUUUGACUGCCGGUCUGUCGUUAUCUGGCUCUAGAAGAGAAAAUAUGACAGUGGUGGCUGUGACAGGGACGAUGGAAACAACGUUGUAAACAAUUUUACGGCUAUGGGAAUGGCCUAGGUAUGUCAAGUUAACGGCAUUACCGAAAGGAGAAGCAUCGCGUGAGUCAGGAGAUGCUAUAUUGUCCGUAGCCCAGGGGAAGCACACCAAAGGGAGGCCAUAGCGAUAAGGCGUUACGAGCAGUCGACGUGUGCCAUGAACUUGUCGCAGCCGUGAUCUUUAUAUCAGGAUGUAGAAUGCAUCAUUCAGUUCGCCACGUCUUGACGGAGACACACGAGUCGAGGGAAGAGGGCCCAAAUCGAGCAUUGAGUCUCCCUACCAGUCGGAGGCUAUAUACCUGCAGCGAGAUCAAGCGCUAUAUCACGAGAACAUUGGAUGCCGGAGUUCCACAAGGCGACUAUGGCACGCUUCUUACUGGCAAAAUAGCCACCUCAGUUCCUCACGCCACACUUGUGCAAUUACGCAAAGCUCAGCACUGUACAAAUAUUAAUGGUCCUUGCUGGUCUGAGCCGACAUCAUCACGCAUGCUGCAGAAAGUUGUGGCACGGGCCAGUUUCAUACACCAGAUUUACGCCGUAUUAUCAGUUAAUCGAAUCCGCGUAAAGCUUACUUUGCCACUUGAACGCUUGCAAUUGGGAGAGAUAACGCGACGUCGAAUGUGCGUUUCGUGUCGUCGCCGCCCGCAGGUCUGCGACCACAGCUAACAUGUCUUGCCGAUGUCACUAUUGCGUCGAAGCAGCAUGAUAGGAUCCAAUGUCCACAUGACAGUCGAAACAAAAGCUUUCUGGAGUGACCAAUAAAACAGCUUGCGCACUUAUGCGACCCUGCAAUGUUAACUGGAAACUGCAGUUAUGGUAAUCGCUCCCGCCACAUUGCUAUCAGACUAAGCCUGUACACAAGGUGGACCUGACUUCCUACAACAACGCUAACCCUUCAAGGAGACCUCGCAGAGUUCCUCUUCUCCGGAAGAGACAACAGCCUUAACCCCAGAGCAUGAAAAUG